GAAACAUCAGUUUUACUUAUUUUGUUCGAGAAUAUAACAGCGUACCGGCCAAAACGGGGUCCGGCCAUCUCCUCUCUGCACCGUCCUGUAUCAAAUCACUACGGCGACGUUAAACAUCAACAGUUCAGGCUUCCGGCGUUUCCGAAUCCGAUCCGGGAGCUACUCCGGUCCUUGGUUGAGUCUGGCAGAUCGGAUAAACUGUCACUGAGACGAUUCUGCGGUAUUUUACAGUGGUGCUUGGGUACAAGGUAGGCAAGAAUGAGUGUGAGCCACGCGUCGGUGCAUCCGGUUGAAACUCCGCCGCUUCAGACAGAGGCGGCGAAUGUUCCUAGAGUGAGGAUGAAGGACAUCCAAGGGAUGCCAGGCACGAUCAGCGGCCUCUUCCUGCGUUUCUCUCAAUUCGUCUUUGCUUCCGUCGCUCUUUCAGUCAUGGCAUCCACCAACGAUUUCUCGUCCGUCACUGCUUUCUGUUACCUUGUUGCUGCUGCUGGUCUGCAAAUCUUGUGGAGCUUUUCCCUGGGAAUACUUGAUAUUUAUGCUCUUCUCGUGGGGCGCAGUUUACAAAAUCAGCGUGUUGUUUGCUUAUUUGCUGUUGGUGAUGGGCUUAUCUCUACCCUAAUGUUUGCCGCUGCAUGUGCUUCGGCUGGUAUCACUGUGCUUAUUGGAAAUGAUCUUGGCGUCUGCUCACAAAAUCACUGCACGGAGUUUGAGACUUCCACAGCCAUGACUUUUCUUAGCUGGUUUGCAGCUUUGCCGUCUUUCCUUCUGAACUUUUGGUCUCUGGCAUCCAGGUCCAGAUAUGUGCAAAACUAAUGCAAGAAAUAUAUAUAUUUAAAUCAGGCAAUAUAUUUUUCGUUGGUUUACUUUUUUUUAAGAUCUUGCAAUCUGAAUUGCAAAAGGCUUAUAUAUUUUCGUCCCUGCAAAUAUAGUGUUUAAGUCCAUGUAAAACAAAUUGUUAUUCAUAUCUAUAUUUUAUGUUGUUUUCCUUUU